AUGGCAGCCAUCUCCGAACAAGAUCAAAUGGGCUGCUGCGUAUUCCUCCGCUUGCCGUCCUACGCAGCUCGCCAUGGCUACCGAGCUCUCGCAAUGGACGGCCACGAUUCAUCAUCAGAAAACAAGCCAACGGUGCAAGUAAUUGUGGGCAAAGAGAAGAGAGUGUUCUUUGUAGACCCUUUCGUACUUAGAAAGGAUCCUUUUAGAGUUUUAUUUGAAACGGUCAGAAAAGAGAAGGGUGAAAAAGACGCAAUCUUCGUGGAUGUUGAUUCCAUUCUCUUCGAGCACAUGCUUUGGUUAGCCUACAAUGAGGCUUCUUCUCUGUUUGAGCUCAAUCUGGAGGAGAUUAUAGAGUUUUAUUCGCAGGAUUAA